AUGCUCCCAGAAAGAGCAACUCAAAUUGCGAGAGAUAUGGAGGAUGAAAUCUGGACUCCACUUAGUAAUUAUUUGUCCGAUAUUGGACCAGUUAGCAUACAGGAGCUGGCGUCAUCAAACGGUGAGAUUACCAUCACAACAUCGCACUCCAACGCCGGCCCAGGCAGCAGUACGGGCAGUGUGAGUUCCGGCCCAAACGCAUCACCUCACGCGCCGGUCAAAAUGUCACCGGGUUCUGUCAAGUCUCCGUCACACGAGGAGAACGAUUUACUGGCUGAUUCACCAAAUCAACCGACAAUUAGCCAAUCAUCGGGCAACGUGGUGGAUGGCAUAAAUCUUGAAGACAUCAAAGAGUUUGCGAAAGCAUUCAAAUUACGGCGCCUUGGUUUAGGCCUCACUCAGACUCAAGUUGGUCAAGCCCUCUCAGUUACAGAAGGACCCGCGUACAGCCAGAGCGCUAUAUGCAGUGCCCUGGCUUCGCAGAUGCUAGCAGCUCAACUGUCUUCACAACAACAAAACAUAUUUGAGAAAUUGGAUAUAACACCAAAAAGUGCGCAGAAAAUCAAACCGGUGCUCGAACGUUGGAUGAAGGAAGCCGAGGAGAGGUAUGCAUCGGGCCAGAAUCAUCUGACAGAUUUUAUUGGUAUGGAACCAAGUAAGAAGCGGAAACGGCGCACGUCCUUCACACCACAAGCCUUAGAACUCCUUAAUGCGCACUUCGAAAGAAAUACUCAUCCAUCAGGUACGGAAAUAACUGGUCUCGCGCAUCAACUAGGCUACGAACGUGAAGUUAUCAGAAUAUGGUUUUGCAACAAACGUCAGGCUUUGAAAAAUACUGUACGAAUGAUGUCAAAAGGAAUGGUUUAA